GACCCGGGCACUAUAGGCUGCUUGCAUAAACUGCUAACGCAGGGCUCAGCGAUCGUUUUACUUAAACCAGUCGAUUUCCAUUCCAGACAACAAAGAUUAUCAUCAGAUCCCAUUCUCUAACCCAGCCUCCCAGUAUUCGUCUGAAAGCUUGCGUGCUCUCGGAAUGUAUUCCAAGCUCUCACAGAACGCGCUUCUGGCGCUUGCCUUUAUGGCAGUCGGUGCACCAGCCGCUCGCCUCCGCAUUCAAGCUCGUGAUACAUCCUUUAACUACAAGGCCGACCCGGUCCGUGGUGUUAAUUUAGGUGGUUGGCUUGUCCUGGAGCCUUGGAUUACUCCCUCCUUCUUUGAUGGAGCUCCAGAACAUGUAGUGGAUGAGUUCACACUGACUGCUACCCUGGGGGAAGAUGAGGCCCAAGCUCAACUUGAAGCGCAUUGGAGCUCGUUCAUCACCGAGGAUGAUUUCCAUCGUAUUGCUGCGGCAGGUUUGAAUCACGUCCGAAUCCCUGUUGGCUAUUGGGCGGUUACUCCACUUGACGGAGAACCAUAUGUUAGUGGCCAGUUGGAUUUCCUAGACGAUGCCAUCACCUGGGCUAGGGAUGCCGGACUGAAGGUGAUUGUUGACCUACAUGGCGCACCGGGUUCCCAAAACGGAUUCGAUAAUAGUGGACGUAAAGGACCAAUUGAGUGGCAACAAAGAGACACUGUUGAACAAACAAUUUACGCCUUUGAGCUUCUGGCUCAGCGCUACCUCGCUGGGAAUGCUGAUGUUGUGACCGCCAUCGAGGCACUCAAUGAACCCAGCAUUCCCGGCGGUGUUAACCUAGACGAACUCAAGGAGUACUAUAGCGAGGCCCUAGCUAAAGUACAGGAGAACAAUCCCGACGCUGCUCUUGUCCUGCACGACGGAUUUAAUGCAGUGGAAAGCUGGAACGGCUUCAUGACUGGGGAGGAGGCUGUGAUGGAUACCCACCAUUACGAGGUCUUCGAUAAUGGACAGGUUGCCAUGGAUAUUGAUAGCCACGUAGGCUUUGCUUGUUCCUUUGGAAUUCAGCACCUCGAAGCAACAGACAAGCCAGUCAUUGUGGGUGAGUGGACUGGUGCCCUUACUGAUUGUGCCAAGCACCUUAAUGGCAGGGGAAUUGGCGCCCGAUACGAUGGCAGCCUGCCCGGCAGCUCCCACAUCGGCGACUGUGAUGGUAAGGAUGUGGGUAGCGUGGUUGAACUGGGUUCUGAAGGGUUGGUUGAUACCCGUCGCUUCAUUGAAGCCCAGCUGGAUGCAUUCGAGAUGAGAACCGGCUGGGUGUUUUGGACUUGGAAAACCGAGGGUGCCCCUGGCUGGGAUAUGCAGGACUUGCUUGACAAUGGCGUUUUCCCUCAACCUUUGACGGACAGGCAAUUCCCUGGCCAGUGCGCUUAAAUCAAGCUAUUUUUGUUUUCGUUGUUCCUUUUUUACGCCUUUUUUUUUCUCUUCUUAUCCUUAUCAACGAUUGGUCCAGUUUGAGAAUUACAGAAUAGACUCAUAAACAUAUUCGUAUUUGACAUGCUUCAUCUAUAGGGGUAUUUUGAGCUAGAAAGAAAGGUAUUGGACCGAUCAAGCGAUGGCAUCAUAGGGAUAAUCCAUAUGAUCUAAAUAUGAUGCAACAC